GGAGGAGGAGGAAAAGGAAAAAACGAGAGAGGUUGUACCGCCAACGUUGUUUCUCUCUUGUCGUGCGUGUUGCGAGAGAGGUUAGAAACGAUCCACGGGGAACAUGGAUCUGCUCUGUUGCGAGACCACCGACACCGAGUGCCGAGCGUACAAGGAUCCUGUCCUGCUCGACGACGAUCGUGUGCUGCAGAAUCUCCUGAAAACCGAGGAGAGAUACUCGCCCAGCACUUCUUAUUUCGAGUGCGUGCAGACGGAGAUCUCGCCGCCCAUGCGCAAAGUCGUCGCGGAGUGGAUGUUGGAGGUAUGCGAGGAGCAGAAGUGUCAGGACGAGGUCUUUCCCCUGUCGAUGAACUACGUCGACAGGUUCCUCUCGAUCUGCCCGAUCAAGAAGUCGCAGCUGCAGCUACUCGGGACAGCCUGCCUGCUUCUCGCCUCGAAAUUGCGGGAACCGUCGCCGCUCACCGUCGAAGUUCUUGUUUUCUACACAGAUAACUCCAUCACCACGGAUGACUUAUUGAGCUGGGAGCAGCUGGUCGUCUCGAAGCUAAAAUGGGAAUUGUCGGCUGUAACGCCCGGUGACUUCCUGGUGCACAUCCUCAACAGAUUGCCGGUGCCGCGUACCUGGGACCCGGUGAUGGUCAGGAGGCACGCGCAAACCUUCAUCGCCCUGAGCGCCAGAGGAUUACCUGCAAGGAUGCCUAGAGCAGAUCGAAGAGAUGGUGUCUCAAGCAAUGACUGCCGAGCGUAUCGGCGGGACCAGCCACCAGGUGACCGGGCCACCGCCGUCUUCGGGCACGCAGAGGCCUCUGGGGGACGAGAUCACCAGCCAGGAGAAGAUCCUGGAACACGAGAAGGCGGGCACGCCGACCGACGUGAGGGACGUUCAUUUUUGAGAGACGCCGCUGAGGGAAACUCUGGCCAGGGUGACUCUCUGCUGAACCUGAAGGCCGAGGAACAAGCGAUACCCAGCGAUAACGACGACGACGACAACGAUACUGAGGGACCCACGGCUAAGAAGAAAAUGAAGAGUGACGAGGGAGUUUCGAGCCGUGAAAUGCGCCAGAAAAUUCCCGAAAUGAACGAAAAAAGAAAAAAAAAAGAAAAAAGAGAAGAAACAAGAAACAUGAAACAGAAUGCAUAAGAUAUGUUGUGCUUGCUCGAGCGUAACGUCGUUUGGUUUUCCCUUCGUCACCACUGUGAACAGAAUCAUCUUCAAGAAACAGAGAGAAAGAGAGAGAGAGAGAGAAAAUGAAAAAUGAAAAAAAAAUGAAAAGUGUUCGAUAUUUUAGUGUUUUGCGCGGAUUUCUGAAGAUUCUGUAGAUUCGUAGAACCAAGAAAAAAAAAAAAAAAAAGGAACAUCGAGGGAUUAGGGACAGUUUCUUUUUUUUAUCAAUUUUCUUUUUCAAAGAACUACGUCAAAUCCCUCUUAAAUGCAUGCUCGGCUACCGAGCGAAGGAUGAUUGUUUCCCGCGAGCGUGUGCUCGACGAGAGAGUCUCGCGAUCGAUGGAAAACGAAGCACGAAACGUUUUAGUCGAUCUACUUAGCUAUCUAGCUAUCCAACAGCUGUGUUAUAGUUUUUAGUCGGAGAUCGAGCAACGAUCCAGCGCCGAGGAGAAUCGUCCUAAAAAGCGAAUCGUAAUUCCGCGUGCAGAAUCUUUUUAUGUAUAUGUAUGCGUAUAUGUAUGUGUAUGUAUAUGUGGGAGGGUCAGAUGAAACACACGAGGGUCCGAAUUGGUUCCCUGAACCGGCGGGCCCGCUUUGUUAUUUAGUUGUACGCGUUUUUAUUUGCAAGAAUUCGUGCGCAUCUCCGAUCGUUCGAGGCAUACGUCGGGAUCGGUUUUGUUCUCAGUUCACAUUUGACAGAGAGACUGCGUUGUUCGUCUCGAAUCGUGAUCUAGAGUUUCCUGAAACUUCUUCUCUUCUUCUUCUUCCUUUAUUAUUAUAAUACUUUUUUUAUUUUAUUUUUUUUUUUCGCGGAGUACAACGCCCUCUAUUGGCGUUGCAGCAGGAGAAGCGAGAAGGGGUUGGUUUAUCGAUCGAAGAUGCUCAACUCGAAAACACGUUUGGAUUCUCUUUUUUUUUCUUUUUUCUUUUGUUUCUUCGUUCGAGCGUUGAUUCAACUCGUUGCAAAUUAGAUUCUCCUUUUUAUAAAAAAAGGAACUUGGCAAAGGAAGAAAAAGUAGACUUGUUUGAACUGCUGUUUAUUCAGGUUGCAUGAAAUAAGGUUACAUGGAAGCACGAGCGUGUGCUCCAUUUUCGCUACCCCCUCGUAACAGUCGCGCAAUUAUGAUGCAACAUGUUGUUGCCGCGGGUACGAUAAUACAACGUUUGGAAACUUUCACGAUAAUGUCAGCUGUUGAUCGGAUCAUUCGCGUUAAUGUGGAAAAGAAGUAAAGAAACUGAUCUGCAAUGUGGUUAAUAGCUGAUCGAUAUACACCGAAAAAAGAAAGGAACAGAGCUAAAUUGUCUAUAAUUUCAAGCUUGAAAUGAAAGAGAGAAACGGAAUAACGAAUGUUAUUGAUACUGAGAUCGAUGUUACUCGAACGUAAGAAAUAAAAAACGAAUAGAAAGAAACGAGAAAAAAAUAAAUAAAUAAAUAAAUACGCAUGAUUUUACGAGCAUUUUCAUGAGAGAGGCUGAAAAGUAGCGAAAGAUAUUAGACGUUUCAACUAGUUUCGAGGAGGGCUGUUGGUGAACAGAGAUCAGAGAGAGGAGUAGAGUUAGAGGAGAGAAGAGACAGGAAGGAAGGCGUGCCGUUCGAGGGAAGGCAAUGCAAUACGCUUCACGCAUUCUAUUUCGUAAUAGAACUGUACACUUAAUUUUUAGUAGCCGAACGACCAAAUUACCAACGUCGGUUUCACCGUGUCGUUUAAAAAGAGAAGAAAGCGAGAGAGAAAUAGAGGAAGGAUAAGGGACGCGGAUCCGAAUUCUCUUCCAUCGAGAUGCUAAAGAGAAUGGAAAUGAAAAGAGAAGGUAGGAAGGAAAAUAGAAACAGGAAGAGAGAAAGCGAGAAAGAGAAGAAAGCAGAAAACGAGAAAUAAAGAAUACAUAUAGUCAUGUCGAGUCACUUAGUGUUUUGUACAUAGAUAUACAUACGAGGAAAGUUAUUAUAUAUAUGUACACAUUAUAUAUACACGGGAUGUGUGCGUGCGUGCGUGUAUGGGUGAGACACAAAAUGAAGAGAAAGAAAGAAAAUUAAAAAUACGCUGAUUGCACAUGCAAUUAAUUAAGUUUAUUAGCAGCGAGAUUUCAAAUGGAACAGGGAAACGUUUUUUUUAGAAAGUAGAGAAGCAAUGAUUGUUUUCCUUUCGUCCUUUUUUUUUUUUUUUUCUAUUUACGUUUACGAUAAUCGUUUAUCCAAAUGAGUUUUCCUCUCGGAGGGCUGUGGCGCGACCCGUCGCUUAUUGCAGUCGGUUCCUAAGAUCGGUUGUGCCGCAGUGCAUCUGUGAACGCUCGACACCUGGCGGAUGUGUGAAUGUGUGGAUUGUACGUGCGUGUCCGCGCGAGUGUGUCGAAUUUUUUUCGUAUGCGAAGAAAACUAGAAAAAAGGAAAAAAAAACAAAGGUAGAACAAAAUGUAGAGAGAGGAUGUUGAAAUUCGAAGGAACUUCUGAGCAUUGAAUUUGAAUUGUCAUGUGCAUUUCAGAGUUAUUAUAACUCUUAAGCGAACUAUCAAUUUUAAUUAUAUUUAAUUUACACUGAAUUGGUACGAUGCAGGAAACAUUGCAACAUUGAGAACAUAAUAAGAUAAGAGGGACAUUAUAAAAAUUUUUAAACAAUUGCAUCAGCAUAUAAUAUAAUGCAAACAACGUAUAUAAUUAUAUCAUAACAUAUGAUAUAACUAUUAGUCUAAAAUUAAAAUUAAUCAAGUAGACCGCUUAAGAGUUAAUAGAUACAAUCGUUGAGGUUUUUCAAUUUAUAAUUCUGUGGUGUGUGUGUAUAUAUAUAUAUAUAUACACACAUAUACAUAUUGAUUUUAAUAAGCAUGUUUCAUAUAACUGUCAGAUUCAACGCUUAGAUUCGUUAAAUUAAAUAUAUUAGAAGUGACAAGCUAGCGAAUUACUAUGAAAUUACCACUGUCUGUUCAUCAGACAGGUUAAAAAAUAAUUUCACGAAUAGAGCUGAUCCUUGAAGUUUCUUCUGAAAAACUUGGCAAAAGGAUGACCUUAGUGAUUGAAUUGCGUGAUCGAAACUUUACAAUUGACUGUUCUUCUUCCGAAACCGCGACUGUAUAUAUGUAGGUAAGCUAUACGAGGCGUACGAUUAAGAGUUUAACACGUAAUCCAUGUAAGAUAGAGCGAUAAUUAACGUGGCAGAGCGACAGAAUCGAGAAGCGAAAGAGAAAUCGUAACGGGAAGUUCAGUAGGACUGGACGUUUAGAUAUGUCGUUUGAUAAUUGAACCAUUUUUUGGUGCUGUGAUUUUUACUCUGUGGGUUUGUCAAGCACACGCAAAAACCACUGAACGUGAGAUUUUAUAGAAUUUUCAUUUAUACAUAAUGUAAGAAUGUUUUCGCUUUCUCGUGUUUGUUCAUGAAGCGCAAGCAUUUGAAAGAAAGAUUCAAAGUACAAAAUCAGAUGAUGCAACACUCGUCUCAAUUACUAAUUAAGACAAAGUCGUCAAUAAAACAAAAAGAAAAAAAAAAGAAAGUUUCGAAUACUCCGGAACAAUGAAAUUUGAUAUGCAUGUAUUUUAUACGAAUCACAGAUUGUCACUCGGAAGUGCGUCGAAUUUUUCAAAUUAGAGCAAUUAAAAAGAGAUUUUCGUAUUUUAGGUCUUUGUAAAUAUAUAAAUCUCAACCCCUUCCAAAUUUUUCAUCUCCACGAAAAGGAGAGAGAGAACCAAAUGCCAAAACCAGAGAUAGAUUCCGGUCGUACAGACAGAUCCACAGCACCAGAAGAAUCGAACCUCAACUACUAUCGUUCGUCCAAAGCAUAUUUAUCGUCAUUAUAUCACGAAGCCUAUUUACAAAACGAGGUAUAAACAUUUAAGCUACCCCCCCCCCCCCCAUUAAUCUACGCUAUAUUGUAAGUGUAAUUAGAUCGCUAAGUAGUCGAAGUAGAAUUAUCCCCGACGCGAGACCAAAACGAUGAAAAUAGAUGAAAUAAUAUGAAUCCCAAAAAUAAAUAACGGAAAUUCAAACGACAGUAGUUGAGGACUAGCGUCCAUCGUUCAUCCGAAAGGA